UCAUAGCAAUUGAAUCCGUUUCCGUGGCAACUUUUGUCGUUGUUUAUCCAAUAAAGACACCACGUGCGGCACAUUACAGUACAAUAGAAGAGAAGAUACAGGAUGCCUGUAAUUUUGAAGGAUUACACCUGGGAACAAAACCAGGACCAAGUAAUUGUUCGGGUUCCCUUUCCGGACAACCGGCUGUGCCGGAAGGAAGUGUUCACCAGUGCACAAUUGUUGAAAAUAAACAAAUUUCCGUACUAUUGGGAGAUUCUGCUGAGAUACCCUGUCCAAGAGGAAGCCAGUCGAUGCUCGCUGCUAGAAAAUGAAGUGAUUUUCCAACUGCAGAAGACAGAAAGUGGUCAAGAUUGGGAGCAUCUGGAGCUGGACUGCCCCAAAGCCGAAAGGCGCCGGUUGAAGGAAGAACUACUAGCGGACCACCAAAAGCGGUUGGAGGAAAAAUCAAAACAACGUGCCAUUGAGAAGGAUCAGAAAAAGAAGGAUGAGAUUUCCAAGCAGAUCGAGCGUGACAGUAACGAUAGAACGGAAGCUGAGAGACUUCUAGAGGAAAGCAAGAAGCGUGAAAUGGAACGGAUGGAGCAGGCGAGAAAAAAGGUACUGCCGAGGCGAGACACUCCUCGUCCUCAGCCGUUCAAAAAACCUCUCAGCGUGAUGCCUUCGAUCCGACAGAGUGGCGCAGUUCAGGUGACGUUCACCAAGCGCAACUUUGUCACUCCCAAGCGGGAGUCGAUGGAGCCGGACGAGCAGGAAUGGAUAAGAAAGCAAUCGCUGGCCAGAAAAGCGGUUGGUUUCGUUGAUGAUGGUGACCUCCGCCCGGAGGAACGCAACCCGGAGUGGCUGAAGCAAAAGGGGGAUUCGUUUUUCCAACAGAAAAAUUAUCUGGCGGCGAUUUCCGCCUACUCGGCGGGAAUCCGACUGGCAAAGGAAUACUAUUCGCUGUAUCUGAACCGAUCGGCGGCUCAUUUUGCGCUGGAGAAUUAUCAGAGAUGUGCUGAAGACUGCUCAACGGCAUUUGAUCUGCUCCAGCCACCGGUCGAGGCUAAUCGGAAAGCUCGUGUAGCCUGUCUAGCCCGCAGAGGAGCUGCUCUGGCCAAGCUGGGCUUCCUUCGCCAGGGCUUCGAAGAAAUGGUUGCAGCCGCCAAGCUGGACCCAGACAACGAUGGUCUUCGAGCAGAAGUUCAAAUGUUACAACAAAAGGUAGAGCAGGAGGAUUCUGACUAACGUGUUUUAUUAACAAUAAAAUUCAAUG